AUGUGUAAUGCAUGUGUCCGAGCGCAGGUGGAGAAGAUGAUGAUGAUGAUGAAGAUGAUGAUGAUGAUGCUCCUCACCGUCGCUCCGCUCGCGCGCGGUGUCCCGGGGCUCCAGCUGCGUCUGGAGGGCGGCAGGAACAGGUUCGAGGGCCGGCUGGAGGUGCUGUAUAAUGGCGCGUGGGGAACCGUGUGUGACGACGAGGUCAACAUCAAUCUGGCCAACGUGGUGUGUCGCGAACUGGGCUUUUCCCGCGGACUCACCUGGGCUCACAGCGCCAAGUUCGGCGAGGGUCGCGGUCCGGUCUGGCUGGAUAACGUCUGGUGUUCGGGCAGCGAGAGCUCUCUGUCGGAGUGCCGGUCGAACGGCUGGGGUGUGAGCGACUGCACUCACGCUGAAGAUCUGGGAGUCGUCUGCAGUCCGGAUCCACCCAACCAGGGUCACGUCCCCCGGUACCAAGAGCCUCCUUCACCUCAGAUCUCUAACCUGGUCUCGAACGCUCCUCAGCGCGGGCACGAGAUCGGCCUCCACCGCGGCAGCCGCGGCCCGUCCUCACCGCAGCUCACCGGCCAUCGCAUCCAGCUGCGCAGGAACGGGUUCGAGAGCGCCGUCACCCCGCGGGGACACCAGAUCCCGGACUUCCUGCGCAGCAGAGCCUCCUACAGACGAGCACAGGAAGUGACGCCCGCUCAGACCACACGAAACCCUGAGAGACCAGCACCAGCGCCGGAGCCGGUUUACAGUCCCGAGCCGGUGGAGCACAGUAACAGGAUGGAUCUGGACGAGCAGUCGUCUGGGUCGCUCCGGCUGGACGAGGUGCGUCUCCGAGCCGUUCUGAGCGCCGCUCGGAGCGCUGCCAUGGUGACGGAGGGUGUGCUGGAGGUGAGGCAUGCUGGGAAAUGGAGGCAGGUGUGUAGUGUGGGCUGGGAUCUCAGCAGCAGUCGUGUGGUGUGUGGCAUGCUGGGAUUCCCGUCAGCGGAGCAGCUCGACACACGCGUGUACCGUCUGUUCUUCAGUGGUGAGGAGGAGAGUACAGGUCCGAUCCACAUGAACGCGGUGCAGUGUUCGGGCCGGGAGAGCUCCAUCACACAGUGCCGCUUCCAGGAGGUCCAGCGUUACUCAGGCAAACACUCCCAGGAUGCAUCUGUCCGCUGCAACGUCCCCAACACCGGCCUGAGCGCGACGGUGCGUCUGGCGGGCGGGCGGGAGGCGGCGGAGGGCCGGGUGGAGGUGCUGAUGGAGGUGAACGGUCAGCAGCGCUGGGGCUCCGUCUGCAGUGAGAACUGGGGCAUUAAUGAAGCCAUGGUGGUGUGUCGACAGCUCGGCUUCGGCUUCGCUUCCAGAGCCCAUCAGGAGACCUGGUUAUGUUGGACAUUCAUGCAGCUGUUAAAUGUGCUGCUCUUGUGUAUAUGUGAUGAGCGCGUGCUGUGUGUGUCCUCAGCGGCUCCGGAUCUGGUGAUCGACGCGCAGCUGGUGCAGGAGUCUGCGUAUCUGGAGGACCGGCCGCUGCACCUGCUCACCUGCGCUCACGAGGAGAACUGUCUGUCGUCCUCCGCCGCGCGCAUGAGCUGGCCCUACGGUCACCGGCGGCUGCUGCGCUUCUCCUCACGCAUCAUGAACCUGGGACGAGCCGACUUCAGACCACGAGCCUCGCGAGAGUCCUGGACCUGGCACCAGUGCCACCGGCACUACCACAGCAUCGAGGUGUUCACGCACUACGACCUCCUGACCCUGAACGGCACAAAGGUCGCGGAGGGUCACAAGGCCAGCUUCUGUCUGGAGGACACAUACUGCCCUGAAGGCCUGAGCAAACGCUACGCCUGCUAUAACAUGGGUGAUCAGGGCAUCAGCGUGGGCUGCUGGGAUACGUACCGCCACGACAUCGACUGCCAGUGGGUGGACAUCACCGACGUGCGGCCCGGAGACUACAUCUUCCAGGUCAGAGUUCACGCCCACCCUAACCCUAAACCUGACAUGGCGGAGUCUGAUUUCCAGAAUAACGUGAUGCGCUGCCGCUGCCGCUACGACGGAGCACGCGUCUAUCUGUACGGCUGCCACGCCGGUGACGCUUACAGCGCAGAGGCAGAGGACCUGUUUGAACACCAGCGUCAGAUCUCAAACAACUUCCUGUGAUGAAGCCACGCUGGUUUCUCUGAUCGCCGCAGCAACACUCGCUGGGCGGAGUCUGCGUGAUUGACGGGGAGGGGGUGGGGUUAGUGUGAUGAUUGACAGGUGGGUGUUUACACUACAGUUCGUCCGGUAUUAAUGACGCAGAAGAUCAGAAGGACGUCCUGCUGUUAUAAUGAAGGACUUCAUGAGCUUGCGCAGAUGUUUCCAGCACGUCUCAGUGAGGCUCUUGUGUGUAUUGAUUCAUCUUCAUCACCCAUCCGAGAUUCAGAGGAAAACAUGUUAUGGCACAAAAUAAAAAAAACACUAAUAUUGAAAAUCAGUCAUGAAAGUAGAACAUUGUUUUUCAGGUUGCAACGAUUUGAAGUAAACGUAAUAGAAUUUUUUU